AGGAUGGGGAGCAUUCUCUUUUUCGCCGCGUGCCCAUCCGCAAAGGCCUUCUUCCACCUUGUGUAUAUAAAAAGGAAGGAACCACGUGCGUUCAAUCAAAUCUUUUUGUCUAUCCGCGGAAGAAACAUGAAGGUUCUCAUCUUUUUAUCACUAGUAGCAUUGGCUGUUGGAAGUUUGGAACCUUCGGGUUAUCAACCACCAGGUUCUUCAUCUCUUUCGUCUCGUUAUUUACCGCCAAAUGAAUUGCGACCACCUAUUGCGGUUCCAUCGUCCCAAUACUUGCCAUCAUCAUCAUCAUCAUCAUCAGCUAAUCGGUACACGAAUUCUCAAAAUGUAAUUCCAACCAGUCAGUAUUUGCCACCGUCGCCAUCGGAGCGACAAAAUUCCGCUCCAUCUCUUCUUCCAGCAUCCACUUAUCUUCCCAGCAAUCGUCAAAGUGUCGUCAUUCCAACUCUUCCAUCUGCAAAUUACCUGCCAGCGGUAGUAAAUCGACAAACAACCUCUCCAUUUUCACCGACAAUGAGCCCCUUUUCUCCCAGUACGACACGAAUAAGUCAAAGUUUAACUCAUGGAGUUGUUGGUACACCUUCAAACGUCUACUUACCGGGUGAUCGCAUCACUCGUUUUGGCCAAGGUGGUUCAUCCUCAUCGUCAUCGUCGUCCUUUGGAAAAUCCUUUGCAUCAGGAUCAAUUCCUUCUUUGACAACAUCGCCAUUGGCAAAAGCGCCUUCAUCCCAAUAUCUUCCAUCAAAUCAAUUUGGGAAUUCGCAAAAUUUUGGUUAUGAUUAUAAUGCCAUUGAAGUGACGACUCCGGCAAAAUACGAUUUCGAAUAUUCCGUUAACGAUGGAUACGGAAACGACUUUGGCCACAAAGAAAAACGUAGUGGUGAUUCAACUGAAGGUGUCUAUUCUGUUCUUUUACCUGAUGGGCGAAAGCAAAUAGUGUCCUACUCGGCAGGACCAAACGGCUUCCGGCCAAGAAUCUCUUAUGAGACAGGAUUUGCGAGGUCAGGAUCCACAGAGUACGACCUUAAUGCCAACAUCGAAGGACCGUACUAACCUUAAAAUAAAGAAAAAUCACGAAAAUAACAGUUCUUUUAAGGAGUAACCGCAUUUACCGUCUUUUUUUUUCUUUUAUUUUAAGUGGCCAUUGUGACUUAAAGAAAACGUGAAACAAUGUUUUAACUGAAUUUGUAGUAAAGUGAAAAUUUAUUGAUUUUUUUUUUUUACUAUUGAAUGUUCAGUGAUUUUUUUUUUUUAUUGAAAAUUCGUAAAUUUUUUAUAUGGAAAUAUAAAAUUUAUAUUUUAUAAGUUUUAUAUUAUUCUUAGUUUGAAUUUUAUAUUUGAAAUUAAUUUCAUUAUUAAUGAGAUUAAACUUGUUAUUGAGAUUAAUUUUCAUUAU